AUGUCCCAUGUCGAGUUCCGAUUUGCGUGGGAGGGGGUGCUCAACGAGGUUGAGCAGCUUCACCAGUACGAGAAUCCGGAGCGGAUUCAGUACUUUGCAGAGAAGCGGAUGUGGGAGAAAUUGUUCGGCCUAAGCCGUCUCUUUCCUCUCGACGAUCCUGCCAGUCCGCCGUUGAGGCUUGCUCCUGGCUAUGCCGGAGACAAAGAAGAGAGAGAAGCCGCCCUGGCCGAAGCUGAGGGCUACCUUCGAGACAUAAAUGCAUCUAUCGACCGCAAUCGUCGAAGUCUAAGCUUCUGCUGGCGGCCGGCCCACCUCACAAGGGAUUGCAAGUCGAUGCAACGGCACGUGUCGAAAGCCCACCAGCAAAAGCUAGCGUUGUAUGAGAAGAGCCCUCUGUGGCGGGGGUGCAAGCUUCAGACUUUCUUUGCUGAGAACCGCUGGGUUCGGUAUUUCGUGGUAGAGGAGGGAGAAGCAGCUGCUAGAGGGAGCUCCGAAUGCUCUUUUAUAGCUGGCUUGGAUUCGAGGGAGGCAGACUUCUUUACGCAGCUUGACGAGGACGCAGCUAUUGUAGGUGAGGAUGCCAAAGCAGAAGCCAACACCGUUUAUGGCUUCGGUAGCCAUAAAUCUGCUGUGGUGCCGUGGCUUCGACGGACGGGCAUCGAGGAGCACACGCGGGGCUUGAAGAAGGACGAGAUGCACACCUCUUUUGCGGUGCCAAAGAAUGCCGAGAGCGAGCCCGAGCUGUUCUUAAUGCUGGAGGUCAUGGACGAGAUCUUUACAGAGGCGCACAGCUAG